CUGAUGCAUUCCAUUAUUACAAAAGUUGAAUUUAAAUUGCCUUUUUGUCUCCAAUUAUAAAUCAAACUGUAUCAAAAAGUUGAGCAAAUUAAGUGAGUUGAUGAUGGGGAUUCUUCAGUAUUGGAGAGCCCAUCUCUUUUUUCUCUUCUUUGUUGUUUCCAUUUUUUUCCCUUCUUCCUCUGAUUAUUCUCAACCACAAAGCUUUCAGAASUGCUUCAAUUCCACKUCUUAUUAUUAUUCUUCUCAUUCAAUACCAAUAAUUCCCAUUUCGGAAGUGCUUUUCACAAACAAAAGUGCUUCUUUCUCCUCUGUGCUGCAGUUUUCCAUCAGAAACUUCAGGUUUUUCAACACUUCUUCUCCAAAACCGCUGUUCUUGGUCACCCCAUUUCAUGAGUUCCAUGUCCAAGCAGCCAUCGUUUGCGCCAACAAGAAGGGCUUGCAAGUUCGAGUACGAAGCGGAGGACAUGACUACGAAGGUCUCUCCUACACAUCAUCACAAGCUCCCUUCAUUGUUAUUGAUCUCAUCCACCUUCGCGCUAUUGACAUCGACAUCAAAACCGAAACUGCAUCAGUCGAGACGGGUGCCACACUCGGGGAGCUCUACUAUAGAAUUGCUGAGAAAAGCCCCAUCCAUGGCUUCCCAGCAGGAAGCUGCCCCACAGUGGGAGUGGGAGGGCAUGUAAGUGGAGGGGGCUUUGGAACCCUUUUCCGAAAAUAUGGUCUUGCAGCUGAUAAUAUAAUCGACGCCAAAAUUGUGGACUUCAAGGGAAGAAUCAUGGAYAGAAAUUCCAUGGGAGAAGAUCUGUUUUGGGCCAUUAGAGGAGGGGGARGAGCMAGCUUUGGAGUAAUUUUAUCAUGGAAACUCAAACUAGUUUCUGUUCCUUCAAAAGUCACUGUUUUUCUCGUGCAGAAAACUCUAGAACAAGGAGCAACUCAGCUUUUCCAAAAAUGGCAAACAAUUGCUGACAAACUUGAUGAACAUCUCUUCCUUCAUGUCAUCAUAGGAGUCACAGAAAACCAAAACAAAUCUCCAAAAGAACCCUCAACAAAAACAAUCUUACUUUCUUUUGAGUCACUGUUUCUUGGUCCAAUUGAUAAAUUGUCCCUUAUUAUGAGCACCCAUUUCCCAGAAUUGGGAUUGCAAAGAGAAAAUUACACUGAAAUGAGUUGGAUUCAAUCAGUUCUCUUCUUUACUGGCCUCUCCACCGAAGCCCCACUUGAAAUUUUGUUAGAAAGGCCUCCACUUUCUGACAUAUUUUUCAAAGCAAAAUCUGACUAUGUUACUUCACCAAUUCCUCAAACUGGGUUGGAAGCACUUUGGAGUAAAGUGCUUGAGGAAGAAGCAUCUUUAUUGAUUUUGACACCAUAUGGGGGGAAAAUGAGCCAAAUUUCUGAGUCAGAAACCCCUUUUCCACACAGAAGAGGGAUUAUUUUUGGGAUUCAAUAUAUGGUAACUUGGGAAAAUGGUAAUGAAACUGAGAAGCACUUAAGUUGGAUGAGGGAGGUUUACACUUGUAUGGAGCUCUAUGUUUCCAAGUGUCCAAGAAGUGCUUAUUUGAGUUAUAGGGAUCUUGAUUUGGGAAGAAACUAUGGAAGAAACAGAAGCUAUGAGGAGGCAAAAGUUUGGGGUUUGAAGUAUUUCAAAGGUAAUUUUGAGAGGUUGGUGAGAGUGAAGACCAAAGUUGAUCCUUCAAACUUGUUUUGGAAUGAACAAAGCAUUCCCCCAACUCUCCACCAUUCUUGAAGCUAACACAACAAUAAUCAUUGCCUCAGUUCUACUURACAAGAAAUGAAAAUGAAGCCARAUCMAAAUGGAGUAAUAGAGAUAAAAUUUUAGGGAAUGGAAAUAAGAUGAUUAAGUAUUGUGUAUAGCUGGUUUUGUGUAUUAAUCUUUUGUUAAAAUUAAUUCUAAAUCAGCAUGGAAACUCGUGAGAAUGUGUAUUAAAUAUGAACUAAUUCAGUGGUUAAAUCAUCUCUCUAUGUACUAAUAUAAAGUAAUUCAUGAGAAUGUUUGCAA